GGGGGGAAGGGGGGAAUCGGGGAAUCAGCAUAUAAAAACCACAAGCACAAUACCACUUAAUGAGACAAGGAUAAAUUUUAAUAACAAUUUCAGCUGCAUGGAUUGUAACUGUUAGAAAAAAAACCACCCAAACUCAAAAAGAUGAGAUGGAAGUAAAAUUUUAGAUUCACAUCUUAAAUUGAGUGUCCAAAAUGCAACAGAUUAACUGCUUAUCGCUCCCUGUGACACAGAUUGCAUGUCUCAGGUGUAAGCCAGCACCAAAGGCGUGAAGUUCAGCAGUAUUAAACUGGACACAGAAACCUUUCUGCAGAUUCCAAUGGGCCUUGAAUCAGACUGGAUACUUUUAAAUUAAGAACUGCAUCGUUGCUGGGUUAAGUAUUGGGGUCCAAGUAACUAAGUUAAUUCUUCUCCAGUUUCAGAGAUAGCACAGAGGAGAAUCCCACACGAAUGCCAACACAGUGCAACCCAAGUGCAACACAGAAGAGGAAAAAACAGGCCACAAAGCCUACCGGGUAUCUGCCAGAAACACACUGGUUUUCCUAAAUAGCCUACUUAAUUAAAUUAAAAAUUAUAACACUUUCACUACCUUCCAUGAGACUAAGACAAAGCAUCUACUAUUAAGCAACUUGAGUUCAAAUGUCCACCUACUCUCCUUACUGUGUAUUUAGUUCGCAGAGCUGAAAUGCAAGGGAAAUGUACAGGGGAAAAUACGCCAAGGAGACUGGUUAAAUACACUCUACAAACUUUUGCCAUGCACUCACAUAACAGAACUCAGAGAGCCAUUAAAAACACAUCCUUUGUAGGGAGCGCAUCACAGGUACUCAAGGCGGGUCCUGAAGAUGCAGUUCUCAUCAGCUACUUUAUUCAAAAUACUGCAACAGCAGCAAGCAGUCUAACAGCUUUCAGCUCCACUAAAAUUAAAAAUAAGUUGUUGGGUUUUAGGUUGUUUUUUCUAGGACUAAACUAGGUAGUUUUCCAGUGCAGCUUAACUUGGAUAAAUCAAUUAAUAUUCAUGAGCUAUAUAAAGCAAACAGUCUCAAACUGUGUCUAUCAAGACUUCCAUUAACUUUCAGCAGCAGACGGCAGAGUGAGACUCACAUAAAACGGGUCUAGUCCGUGAUCAAUUUAGAUCCUGUAAAAAUAACAAUAGCCUGGAAGGACUGCAAUUAAUCUACAAACAGACAAGAUACAAGACUCCUCCUCCCCCUAUCACCACACCUGCUGUCAAGACACUAAAUUAAGAGUUUGGUAGAACAUCUUAUUUAAUGACUGUGGAAACAUCACCCCAGCCACAGCCAGUCCCCUAAAAGCUUGCUUAGUGAACUACCUUGAAAAAGGUAAUAAUAAUAGGGACCUAACUCAAACUGUUGACACUGUAGCAUAUGCUGUUCCUAACAAACAACAUAUUAGGAUAGCAGGCACAAGCCCCCGGGGCAGGGGGUGUAAAGUAACCCUCCUUGAACUAUUGCUGGCCACGCAUCUUCCCACAAGGUUUUUGACAACAAUGCAGUUUCUCUCUGAAAACGGUUUUGUCCACACCACUGCUCCAGUUAGUAGAAGUCAUCUUACAACAAGGUGCAGAUCUGGCCAUGCCCGGACCAAUUCUCUGACUCCAAGAAAGCAGCUCAAGCCCAGUGCAGGGCUCACCCAUCCAUUUCUUUAGGGACUUGCCGGUCUCUUGCAGCAGACUGCCUCCCUUCUCCACACUAACGACCCAGAGUUAGUAACUUCUGCAAGACCAACAAUUUUUUCACGUAUCGGGGUGUCCAUUGGUGCAUUUAUUUAUGCAGUUUUAUAAGCCCCCAUGAAUUCUUACAGUGCCUUAGAUUUGGACAAAACGAGGCCUUGCCACAGCCGCCUUCCCUCUACGCUCCCCCACGACUGGAUCUGCCGUUGUGCAAAGCUGCAGAUGGGAUUUUUAUGGAAGGCAGCUACACCUCCCCCUUACAAACCCGAGCUCAGAUAGCCCGUCCACCUGAACAGACAAAAAAGCAAACCCAGCCUUUCCACUUUUGUACCCUGAAUCUCUCCUUUUGACAAGUGAACUUAUCACCUCUCAUCAAACAGCUCCGCCGCAGCACAGCCAGGAUGGUUCUACAAAGACCCUCCGAAGCCCCACGCCAGCAGGGCCGGCCCUGCCACCUCCCCGUGCCACGGCACCGAAUUCAGCCCUGACAGUGACACCCGGGGCCAAGCCGGGGGGAUGCGGACGAGGCCACCGCUCACAAAGUUCGUGCCCGAGAGCCUAGGCCGCUCCCACACACAGUCCUCUGCUCCCCCGUCACCGGGGCCCUGGCGGCUCCGCGGGAACGGGGGCGCACCUGCAGGCACCCCGCAUCCGCCACCCCCCGCCUCGCCUGGCCGCCCAGCGCCGCUGGCAGGAGCCACCCGGUGCCCCCCAGCGUCGAGGCCGGGCGCCCCCGGCGGCACCGGGCGCGCUGGCAGCGGGCAGCCCCCGCCGCCGCGGUGAGGCCGGCAGGGCGCCUGGAAGGCUGCGGCGAGCGCAGCGCCGCCCCGGCCCGGCCCCGCACGCUGCCGCGGCCCCGAGCGAGGCCCGCCGGGGCGCCGGCAGGGGCCCGGCCCGUUAUUCCGCAGCCCGGCCAGCGGAGGGGGCGCUGGCAGCGAACGGCGUGGCCGCCCCCGCCCGGCGGCGAGCGGCGCCAGGGGAAGGGGGGGGCUGCACCGGCCCCCACCCCCCGGGAGUUUUAAAGGGGCAGCGCGCCCGCCGCGGGACCCGCGCCCCGCUCCGCCGGGGGCGGCGGCCCUCGGCCCCGGGGGUGCCCGGCAGGAGGGCGGCGGCGGGGCCGGUCCCGCCGGUGCGGCCCGCGCUGCGCGCGGCGGGCGGGGAAGGGAGGGGCGGGCGGGGGCUGGGUGGCUCCUGCUGCUGCUGCUGCCGCCACAGCGCUCGCCGCCUCCCCUCCCCCCCGGCGGGGGCUCCUCGCUGCAGCCUCUGUGCUCCGCUCUCGGUCAUGUGACCCUAACGUAACCGGACAGGAAAAGCCGCCGCCGCCGCCGCCGCGCUGACUCCGUUGUUGCUGCUGCUGCUGGGCGCGGAGACGGCGGCGGCCCGCCCGGCACCGAGCGCCUCGGCGGCCCGCGCCCCCCAGAGUGUAAAAAAAUGGAUUUGGCCAACCACGGACUUAUUCUGCUGCAGCAACUAAAUGCUCAGAGGGAGUUUGGUUUCCUGUGUGACUGCACAGUUGCCAUUGGUGAUGUCUACUUCAAGGCACACAAAUCGGUCCUUGCUUCUUUCUCCAACUACUUCAAGAUGUUGUUUGUUCAUCAAACCAGUGAAUGUGUACGUUUGAAAGCAACUGACAUACAGCCAGAUAUCUUCAGUUAUCUCUUGCAUUUGAUGUACACUGGGAAGAUGGCACCACAACUCAUUGACCCAGUUCGACUAGAACAGGGAAUAAAGUUUCUGCAUGCAUAUCCACUAAUUCAAGAGGCCAGCCUUGCAAGUCAGGGAACUUUUUCUCACCCAGAUCAAGUUUUUCCAUUAGCAUCUUCAUUAUAUGGCAUUCAGAUUGCAGAUCACCAGAUAAGACAUCCCACUAAGGUUACAUCAGCGACUGACAAACUCGGGCGAGAACCAAGGCCACAGACAUCACGGAUGAACCAAGAGCAGGUUUCUGAAGGCUCGCAGCUCUCGCAGUUAGCUACAACUCUGCCACAAGUGACCCGGACGAAUAUAUCCACUUCCGACCCAUUGCCAUCUUCUUUAUCUCCAGAAUUGGUAUCUGCUGCUGGUAACAACUCACCUGCAGGAGAAGAGGCCAAUAUGGAAGCAUCUUCUUCAGAUGAACAGCCUGCCUCACUCACAAUAGCACAUGUCAAGCCAAGCAUCAUGAAAAGGAACGGAAGCUUCCCAAAAUACUAUGCCUGCCACCUCUGCGGUCGCCGGUUCAAUUUGCGAAGUAGUUUGCGUGAGCACCUGCAGAUCCACACAGGAGUUCCCUUCACAUCUAGCCAGCAGGGAGAAAGUAAUAUUUCUUUGUCUCUGUGUAACAACACAGCUGAUAAAGAUGCCGUGGAAGUGCCUGAAGCAGGGAUGAUUAGUGACAGCGAGCUACAGCAGAUCUCAGACUCCCCAAUAAUUGACGGGCAGCAGCAGUCGGAGACACCGCCCCCCUCUGAUAUUGCAGACAUAGACAACUUGGAGCAGGCAGAUCAAGAGAGGGAAGUAAAAAGACGGAAAUACGAAUGUUCCAUCUGUGGUCGCAAAUUUAUUCAGAAAAGCCACUGGAGGGAGCACAUGUACAUACACACGGGGAAGCCCUUCAAGUGCAGCACUUGUGACAAAAGCUUUUGUAGGGCUAACCAGGCUGCCAGACACGUGUGCCUAAACCAGAGCAUGGACACGUACACGAUGGUGGACAAACAGACUCUGGAACUCUGUACAUUUGAGGAAGGCAGUCAAAUGGACAACAUGCUAGUACAGACCAACAAGCCCUACAAAUGUAACUUGUGUGACAAAACGUUUUCAACUCCCAAUGAAGUAGUUAAACAUUCGUGCCAAAAUCAAAACUCUGUCUUUACACUAGAAGAAGAUCGCUCCAUUCUGCUAGGUGGUGGGGACACAGAAGCCACAGAGACUGAUAAUGCAGUGUUAGCCUCCAUCAAAAAGGAGCAGGAAGCAGUGUUGUUAGACUGAAUGUGAAACCUAUAUGAAUUUUUUAAAGUUUCUUUACUCAUUUUUUAUUAAAUCAAUUUUUUCCUCCCCUCACCUCUUACCUCACUCCUGCCAUCUUUUCCACCAGCCUCCUUCCCACCCUUUGUCUUCAGCAACCAGAACUGUACUGGCACAUUAGGAAAUUGGACUUUGCCUCUCCCACCAAAACAAACAAAAAGCUCUUGCAUCAAACCACAACAUAAUUGAUUUUAAUACAAAGGAACAUGUGAAAAAAUAAUCCAGCUAACUUUGUUGAUAGUAUUAGUUAAUCCAAAUUUAAUAGAUUUUAAACAAAAUUUAGAUUGCUUAAAAGUGUAUUUAGAUACAAUGAUGAGUGUAAUAAGAAACAGUAUCAGUUUGGUAAGCAAAGGAAAUAUAUAUAUAUAUGUAUGUGUGUGUAUAUAUAUAUAUAUUAGUUUCCCUGGUAAAAGGCAUUUUGAGAAGAUCUGGCAAAUUAAACACCAUGCUUUUUGCAAGUCCACAUGCAAAUUAAGAUUAUAACUUAAAACCAUCAGAACUUUUCUCAAUGAAUGCAAAAAUCUGUUCAUUGAGUUAAAAAGAGCUGAGGGUGUUGGGUUUCUUUUAGCCUUAUGUUUUGCUUCAAGUAUGCCUUUGGGUAUCUGUUUCAGAGAGCAUCACUGAGUCAAGAAAAGUAGUUACUUAGUCAAAUGUUGACUUAAGUAGCUGUAAUAAUAAUGUGAUGGCAAUCUUUAUAUAUAUAUAUAUAAAAUGCUGUAUAUGUAUAAAGAUUUUUAUAUAUAUAUAUGUGUAUAUAUAUAUAUAAAGUGUUUGUGUGUCUGUUUGGUACAGGUAAAUAAAUGCACACAUCCUUUUUAAGUAACUGGCUGUCUACUCAGAUUCAGCCCUGAAAGUCUUUUAGUUGUUUGACAAACCUAAUCAUUGCACAGGUUAUUUUUAAUGAAAUUGAAAACGUCCUGAGCUGUGUGCAUUUUUAUUGGCCUGUUGAAGAGAAGCUAUAGGUAAGUGUUGUCACCCAAGCUACAAAGGGAACUAGAGAAGUGACAUACUGGUGAGCACUGUACCAUCAUUAGUGCAGCACGUGCAUUUGUUCUUAGCUAUAGGUUUGAGUCAUUCUGGAUGAAAGAAGAGAGAAAAGCUUUCUUGCCUUACUCGGGCAAAGAAUGUCCAUGAUUUCAUUUGGUCUAAUGGCAUGAGUUAAGAGGAAGAAAAAGUGGUGCAGAGACAUCCUAGCAACAGGGGAUGACAGGUGUUUUGAAGUAAAUCCGUAGUGCUGGCUGGCACAUUCUGCUCUGUGAGAGUCCUGUUAUUUUCAAAGCCAAGACAAAGUCUGCAAAAACUGAAAGGCUGAAUUCUGUAGUUCUAGUUACUGCUGAUGGUAGCACUGCAUCUUUGUGUUAAAAAUCAAGUUGCUGAUUCUUACUAUUUUAUAUAGAUGCCCAGAUAUUUUGCUGGUAGCCUAAAAACCUAAACUGACAGCAGCAAUGAAGCCCACCGAGCAAUUACUGGGCCAACAGAAGGCAUAAGCAGACAGAAUAAGUGCCCCAUAGUAGAUGGAGACAGUGUGUGUUUUGGGGGGAGGGGCGGGAGAGGGCGAGUCACAAACCACAGCUCUUCUCUGUGUAUACGUUUAAACGGAAUAUCAUCUUUUUGUGUAUAGUUAAGUUCUCAGAUUUGUAAGUUUUUAUACAUCAUUUCAUUGAAUAAAAACUGAAUUAAAUGGGAUAUGAUUUAUUGAGUUGAAGGCGAAAGGCUGUUGGUUUUCAAUCCUCCUGAAAGAGCUUUACUGAAUUGGUUUAAAAGCCAAGCGAUGUAUUCUGUUUAUCAGACUAAAAGCUCCAUCAUAAAUAUGAACAAAUAGCUUUCUAAAGCUUAAAUCGGUGGAUUUAGCGCAAAAAGUCACUACAUAUUCAUUUUUUCUAGCCUAUUAUGGAAUAAUGAUUGUAAAGUUUAUUGUAAGUGCCAUUGAGUUUAUCAUGUCUCUUGUAUUAGAGUAACAGAUUUUAAAUCAAUUGAUUUUACUUGAAAGUAUGAAAGUGUUUUAAGGUUAAAAAAAUAACAUCUUAUAGAAUUACUUUAGUGUUGCCCAUUUUAAAACUUUUUUAGGAUCUUCCAUCUACCAAUAUGAUUUCUUUAAAUAUGUUUUUUAUUUCAUCUCACUUAGUUUGGAAUGCUCUCAGUGUAGGAAAACAAAAUAAUAAAUAUUUCUUAAUUCAGGGUAAGGUUGGCUUUUGAGGUAGCUGUGGUUUAGGGGAUAGUCACAAGUUCAGGUCCAAAAUUACUACAGCUGCUAAAGGUGCUGCCACCUCAGCUAUUAGUUACUGCUUAGUCAGAUACUCUUUUUUUUUUUUUUUCAGAGCUCCAGCUCUGCUCCAGUGCAGUACCAACAGUUUAGCUCAACUCCCCAGGUGGCUGGUUGUUAUCAGAAGGGCACACAUGGCCACAUCAUUUUUUGUGCGACAUUCAGCAGCCCUGGGUCCCGACCUUACUCCUGUUCUCAGCUCUCUUUCUGCACUGUUUGGAGAACAUGAUGUUUGCUCAGUUAAAUGUUGAAUGGGCUCAAGUGAACUGAUUCCACUGAAAAACAACCAGUCUUAAAAAAUGCCAUUUUUCUGUCAAAUCUGCUCCCUGUUUUAUCUCUGCAGAGGGUUUUGGCUGACUCGCAGGUUGUGCAAGGGCAGAAAUGAGCAGGGAGGAGGCUUACUGAAGCCAGUGUUGCUGCAAGGCAACAUCACAGGGUGGAGAGGGUGCAAAGCAAUGUCUCCCACUUGGGCAGGUCCUUCGUCUGGUGGGCAGUGUGGCCUCACAAGCUGGUGUACUGCCAGAAAGAAGGGGCAGUGGAGGGCAGGGAACAAGCAGCUGGGGAAGAACUUGGUUAUGACAGCAUUGCUGGCUGCAAGAAUGUGAAAUUGCAGGCUCAGCAGAGAUACUUUCACCUGUUAAUAUUUAUUCUUAAGAAAUAACAUUGUCAGGUAAAGAGAAAAAAAAUCACAAUAAAGAGAUUAUUUUUAUA